AUGUAUUUUGUUAUCAGGUAUCACCAGUUUAAGGAUGAAUGGAAAGCGAAAAAAGCACCUGGAGAAAAAAGCCACAAAAAUCUUCGCUGGAAUGUCCGGGUAAUGAGUGAUUAUAUUGUAUUUUCAUUAUUCCACAUCAGUCUUACGGAAUCAUUCAGACUCUUUAAAAUUGGGGAAAUUAUUCAGUGCAGCCAGAUAUGUCUGAGUUCUUGGAACUAAUGUUAAUGUCAUCUUUUGUUCUUUUUCCAAAAGGGAAAAAUGUUGCAGUGUGAUGUGUUUGAGGUAAGUGAAAUAAAAGGCUUCGUUAUUAUAAUAAUAGUAUAUUAGUAUAUGUAAUAUCAUGAUUUGUAGUGAUCUUUGGCAUAAAUACCACAAGUGAUAUUUUGAAAUUGUUAUACAUAAUNGAUCACAGUGGAAAGCUAAAGAUUACACUGUAAAUUUUUUGUGAGAUGUUACAGGUGAAUCUUCACUUGCCAGGGCUGCUUCAAAACUUUAUGACAACCCCUGGAGGACUCUGAAUUUGUUUGGUGAAUGUGAUAGUUGUCUUGCUCAACCGUGAGGAAUUUUGUGUAUUUGUUAUGUAAUUGGUUUAUAACCUAUUACUUUUCUUUGCAGUUAUAAGGCCUGUCGUUGGUCCUCCUCUCUCUCGAAAGAAGACUGAUCCAGUGUCAAGGUUUGAAAUACAUUGGAUAUUAAUAAUUUCUACCAAUCUUUUCAUUUCCUUAAAAUUAAAAAAUGUUCUCGUUGUUGUUGUACAUGUAUUUUGUUAUCAGGUAUCACCAGUUUAAGGAUGAAUGGAAAGCGAAAAAAGCACCUGGAGAAAAAAGCCACAAAAAUCUUCGCUGGAAUGUCCGGGUAAUGAGUGAUUAUAUUGUAUUUUCAUUAUUCCACAUCAGUCUUACGGAAUCAUUCAGACUCUUUAAAAUUGGGGAAAUUAUUCAGUGCAGCCAGAUAUGUCUGAGUUCUUGGAACUAAUGUUAAUGUCAUCUUUUGUUCUUUUUCCAAAAGGGAAAAAUGUUGCAGUGUGAUGUGUUUGAGGUAAGUGAAAUAAAAGGCUUCGUUAUUAUAAUAAUAGUAUAUUAGUAUAGGUAAUAUCAUGAUUUGUAGUGAUCUUUGGCAUAAAUACCACAAGUGAUAUUUUGAAAUUGUUAUACAUAAUUUCAUGGGCCGUUAGGCAAGUGAAAUUUAUUUAAGACAAUUUUGAAAUAUCAUGAGUGGUAUUUAUGCCAAAUAUCAUGUACAAAUCAUACUAUAAAAUUAUUUGUUUUUCACAAUAGGUAUUUCAAAUUAAGCUGAAAUACCACUGCUCUAGGCCAAUCAAAUUGCAGAAAUUUAGACCUCAUGUAGUAGAAUAAAAUCAAUAACAUUAAUAUAAAUUAAUAGUAUUUAUAAUAGUAAAGGGGUGCAAUGAGUAAGGCCUCAAGUGACUCCUGAUUUAACAUCAAAUUCUCCCUUUAAUUAAAAAGCAAAUGCAAGCCAAACUUGAAGGAGAAUUAACAUUGUAUUGAUAGUAACUGGAAGGACUACAAUUUCAAUUUUACUUUAAUUUGUGGUUGUCUGCAGAUUACAGUUUGAUGUCAGUUUAGUGUAGCUUAAGAAUCUCGUAUGCGUGAAGCGUGAGCUCUCCAUUUUCAGCCUCACUCCAGACGUUUUGUGAUUACUCACGCGUGACUUGAAUGCGCAAAAAAUUAAUGCAGACUCAAUGCGGACUGUUUUACAGUCUAAGUAAUUGAUGAUUUAUAUUAUUAUAAAUUUCUAACCACCUUCAUGGUGUUUAAUUAUCUUUCCUUCUUAGAAACCUCAACGAAAUUAUGUCCCCAACAACUAUGUAGUCCCUACAGAAAAGAAACGGCAAGCUUUGCGGUGGGAAGUGAGAUCCAACUUAGCACGAGUGUGA